UAUCAACUUGUACAAAGAUCUAGAUCCUUUCGAAGGGGGCUUACAAAACUGAGUGCGGCAACUUACUCCCGCACAGUCGAGCGCGAGAUCUGUUACCUUUCAAAUCAAACUUACCGUUGCCGAAAUGUUAAAGUUUCUCGUAGGGUUAACGUUGUGUUGGCUCGUGCAAAGUUUCCCGGACGGGGCACCCAUAGACACGUGUGUGAAGAACCGUGCUAAUCAGCCUAAUCAUGGACAACACAGGACGCAACCCUUGUCCAGUCUACCGUACAGGGUCACGGCAUCAGCUUUGGGUUACGGUCCAAAUACUCCGGUCACAGUGACAAUAGAAGGCUCAGAGCCGUUCAAAGGGUUCUUCAUUCAAGCGCGGUCAGUGGAGCACGACAACUGGAUCGGUGCGUGGGAACCGGCGCCCAACACGACCAUACAUCCAGAAUGUUCUUCCAUCACGCAUGGAGAUCCCGAGUUCAAGUCUAGAGCAACUCUACUGUGGAGAGCACCCCCUGAUGGCCAUGGAAGGGUCUAUUUUACGGGGACAGUUUUGAAGAACUACGGAACUUUUUGGUCGAACCUCAUUGCCGAGGCACCACAAGACCCGUCACAACUUCAAAUACUUGGGUGAAGUGAUAGAAGGCAGACGAGCAACAUAUCGUCAAAUGAUUUCUAAAAUUUUCUUUUUUUAAUCAAUUGAUAUUGCUUUAAAAAGUGUUGCUUUUAAAAUUUAUAAUCGUAUUAUGGUAGGCUAAAAAUAAUUGUAAAUAAAACUAAAUAUAAAUAAAUAGAUAAGUAUAUUAGUAUUA